CUAUUACCCUCAACCCCUUGUGGACGUUUUUUUUUUUAUCUCAGUAAAUUGUCACUCAACCGUCAAAUAAUUCCAAUAAUUAAUCUGGGACAAUUUAUUCACGUUCGGCCAAAUUAAACCGAAUUGACAUUUUUGGAAUUCACUAGCUGAUUGAUUUUCAGUGGCGGAAAAAGAAAAACAAAGUAAUGUUUCUUGCCGGGCCAGUUAUACUGUGACCCAAGGAAAGGACUCCAUUCGGGACUUGUUAUUAUUAUCCUGAGCUAACGUCAACUGUUAACCAGAAAGCCACCUGUUUUAUACCUAAACCUAAAAAUGUCUUCAGACUUUGAAGCCUACGAGCAGGACUUUGGAACCAUCACAGCAGAAUUAACCAACAAAAUUGGCAGAAUCCCAAAACUAAGUGGAGAGGAGAAGACACAGCUGGUUCUAAAUGUCGACAAACAGCUUGAAGAAGUCAGAGAGUUGCUGGAGCAGAUGGACCUGGAGGUGCGGGAGAUCCCCAUCCAGAGCCGAGCCAUGUACAACAGCAGACUGAAGAGCUACAAGCAGGAGAUCGAGAAGCUUGAGAAAGACUUUAAAAGGUCACGUAUCGCCUACAGUGAUGAGGUGCGCAACGAGCUCCUGGGGGAUGAAGCCAGCACCUCGGAGAGCCAGAGAGCGCAUCUGUUGGACAACACAGAGAAGCUGGAAAGGUCAUCACGGAGACUGGAGGCCGGCUACCAGAUAGCAGUAGAAACUGAACAAGUGGGUCAGGAGAUUCUUUCCAACCUGAACAGUGACCGUGAGAAGAUCCAAAGAGCCAGAGAAAGGCUGAGAGAAACGGACGCCAACCUGGGCAAGAGUUCUCGCAUCCUUACUGGCAUGCUGAGAAGGAUCAUCCAGAAUCGGGCCCUGGUCUUCAUCCUCGGAGCCAUCAUCCUUCUCACCAUCAUCCUGGCCAUCUAUUUCAAUCUGCGAGGCCACUGAUCUCCCCCCUCUACACACAUAUACUCGCGUGCACACACACACACACACACGGACACGCGCGCAUGCUUCUCCCCUGACACAAAUACAAACACACACAUGCGUGAUUAAUAGCGACAAAAGCGUUGUUCUGCUGUAAUUAGGACAAAUGGUCCCCAUGAAUCACUGUUUCCAAUGUCUGACAGGGAGCUUUUUUUUUUCUUCCAUCUCUUUCUCCUUUCCUGUUUGCUGUUUCUUUCUCUCUUUCUGUCCCUCUCAGCCUUCAUUUUCCACUUUGCUUUCUCUUUCUUUCUUCUUCUUCUUUCUUUUCGCCUCUGUUUUGUUCUCUCUCUCUCUGUCAGGCUCUCUCACACAUCUCCAGGGACAAUAGGGAGAGAUGUUUUUAUGAUAGUUAUAAUAUUUUUCAUGGCGUCGUCCUCAGCGUGCUUCUGUGCCCCAUCCUGUCCCUAGGUGAACAAGGCCUUGUUUUUUUUGUUUAUUUCUAACUCAAAGCGGAACAGAUAUGUAGAUUUUUUUUUCUUCUUUUUUUCUUGUGAUGGGUCAAGUGUUACUCCGAAUGUGUGUGUGUGCAUGCAUGGGAGACGGGGAGAAAGACACUGCACACUUAUGUAUGUUCGCAUGUGCAUGACUGACAGUCAUGGAUUGGGGGGGGGCCCGCGCCGUGUUUGUUAUUAACACCAACAUGCUGUAAUAUGUAUGAGCUUGUGUAACUAAAUGAUUCAGCUCUUCUUCACGUAGCUCCGACAAAGCAGAGGUGAGUGCCUUCAGAUAAGAUAUGCUGUACACACCGCUUCUUUAAAAAGCUCAGGCGAGCCCAAAAUAGACGAGCGGCGCAACCUUGAAAAGAGAGAUUGCGCAUAAAAAGGUUGAGGUCAGUUCAGCUUCAGUUCAGUCAAUUAAGGGGAAAGAAUUAGCGCAUUUAAGAAAGGAUAUAUGAACAUUUCAAGAAAGUUUUGUGAUUCAGAAAAUGAAAUAAAAUCUACUCCUUUUAAUUUGUUUUUAAUACAAAAGGGAACUGACCCCAACCUUGACACACACAGUACCUAAAUACAGAGAAAGUUUUCCUCACACAUAAUAACAGCUUUAUAUCUACAUUUGGUACAAUUCCCCUGCAUCACUCAAACACAGACUUCCUGAAGACUUUUAAUGUAUCUAUCAUUGUGGAAAGUUAUCGGCAUCAUACUGUAACCUUAAAAUCUACAUCAUAGAAUAGUGUUUUGCUCUCAAUACAAGUGAUUCUGUGACUAUUUAUUUAUAAAUGCAAUUAACGUUUCCGUGUUAGAACUGUACAUUUUAUUAAGUUGAAAGGUAUUUACUCUAACCACAUGUUUUCUUCAUGAUUUUUGGGUGUUCAGUGAUUAGACUAUACAUUGCAAACUGCACACCAGGACCAACUGCAAUGUUUUGUGUGUUCUUCUGUUCUUAUAAAUGGAUCAAACCUGUUUUAGAACUGGCACUUUCUGUUCUAUAUAUUUCUUGUCAAGAUUGUGAUGCAGUCCUUGUGUCUGUGUUUACCUGCACGCUGACUGAUGAUGUGAUACAUUUGCAGGUGUUUGAAAAAGAAACGUGUGCGUUAGUUUACUGCUGUUUAAUUCUUCAGGGGAAAGCCAUUCUUCAGGGGGUCUCGGCAAAUCUAAAUUUAAGAGCAUAUUUGGAGAAUUUUCAGAAGUUUGAGAUGCAUGAAAGUAACGCUGUGCACGCCACAAACACACUUGCAUACACACACACACACACACACACACACACGCACACACACACACACACACACAGGAGUGAAGUAUAGGAGUGUGCAUGUGUCUCCUGUGGUCGUUGUGGUGGUUCCCAGCGAGGACAUUUGCUAUUCUGUUUCAGCGCCACGGUCUUCAUUUUCGAAGAUGCGGGGGUGUCAGAGUGGUGAGCCCCCCCCCCCCCUCCAAACCACCAUUCCACAGGCCCUUACUAGCCGCAGCGCCGCCGUCUGUUUCAAAGCCUCAAAUUAAUGGCCAACAAAAUAGUGUGCCUUUGACCGUCACAUGCGGGUCCGACCCACCAAGACUUGUCAUUAAAGUAGAGGAAUAAUGAACAAGGGAAGGAAGCAAAGAGGAGGGAGAAGGAAGGAAGUGUAGGAGGAAGCAUGGCGGUCGGGGGGCGAGGCGGGUCGUGGGGGGUGAAAUCCCUGGCAGUUUCACAAACCUCAUCUGGUAACGACCCUCUGUGAUUGUUUUUUCACCCUGUGUGUGUGUGUGUGUGUGUGUGUGUGUGUGUGUGUGUGUGUGUGUGUGUGUGUGUGUGUGUGUGUGUGUGUGUCUGCACGUGGAACCGACCUACGAGCCGAUGUGCUCUCUUCUCCUCUCUCUUUCGCUCCCUCCCCACACCUCCUGCUCCCCCCUUUUCUCUCCCUCUCCUGCCACCUUUUCUCCCCCCCCCCAGCCUGUCAGAUGAGCGGAGCAGUAGCGAGCGAGUGAGCGGUGGAAGGCAGCGUGGCGGCGGCUUCUAUUUGAAGUUGUAAUGGUGUCAAAAAGUCAGGGCUGACUGACAGACGUCAGUCCCACAGGGCCUCAUUAAAAACAGACCCACUUGACAAGGAAAUAAUUGAGCGCCUGCGACAACUCGGGGGCCCCUCCGCGUUUUUAGAUGUUUUUAUUUUCUUUUUAUUAUUAGUGCCGAGCUAUUAUGUUCAUUAAGAAAUGGCAUUAAAACAAGUUUUUAAAAGCGGGGAAAUGGAGGGAGGGUUAGAGUGAAGGCGGGAUGCAUGGAGGUGGGAAGAUAACGAUUUGUUUAGAGCCCCCGUCCUGUUUUAUUAUUUAAACGGGAGCACUGUCAUGUGAUACCUUGGCAGACGUUGGCUAUCAUAUGCCACCUCCUCCCUUUUUUUUUCUCUCCUUUUUCCCCUUUUUUCCUCUUUUACUCAUCCCUCGCUUUCCCCACGCUUUCAUCUUCCCUUCUUCCGUCCAUCUCUCUUUCUCCACCUGCACAUCCCUCUCCCUCUCUUCAUCCCUUUCUUUCUCUCCCUCUGAGCGGCGAGUGUCGUUGGAAUAUGAACUAGAUUAUUCAUCAAUGCCCCCCACACUGCCACUCCCCCCAUCCGCUGAUUUGGUUUUCGACAAGCGUCUCACCGCAGAGGGCUGACGAUGAAAACUUGUCAAAAAUAGGUUAUAUCUUAUUCCAUGGGGCAACAAUAGCAGCAGGUACAGACACCUUUUAAUAUUUAAUUUAGACGGGUGUUAACCCUCCUUAAGUGACUCGAGCUGUGUCUUCCAUACAGACACCAGGAGAGAGACGUGGUGGGGGGGCCGAGCAAUUAAUUAUUUGAUGUCUGAAAAGUGAUUUUGAAGCUCUCCCUGCCUUCUCCUGUUUGCCAGAGAGAGGUUGGAGUUGUUGGGUGUCCCCCGUUCAUCUUCUACACCAACCACGUCUCCAGCAUGGCCGUCCUGCGAGAGCUGAAACAUUACCACUCGAAUCACAAUCACAACCUCGCUCCACUGUGCCUCACUUAAUACGCUAUUGAUAACACGAGUGAUCAUAUAGCAAUGUUUUUGCUCUCUUAUUUCAUCAGCAGGAAAUUAUUAUCUUUUACUACUCCAUCUUGCGUCAGUCUGUCUCGCUAACAUCCCCCGGUGCCCAGCGUAACAGUCAUUCCCGUCCUCUCUAGGUUAACAUCAUUUUUUCCCCUCAACAAGGAGCCUCUGUGAUGCACUGCCAUUACAAAAAGCCUGAUGUUUGUCAGCCAUUCAAGACGACGAGGGAUUGCGUCCCCUGGCGUGGGGGGCGGGCCUUGAACGGGAUAAACGGCUCCAGUGGUGGGAUCACGGCGGGAGGGUGGGGCUCUUCGUCUCCAGGAGUGUCCAUGAUGCCGCCGCCCCCCCCCACAACACACAAACACACGUGUAUUAAAGGAGGCCCUGCAACAACAGCUACCCAAGAAAACCCCACAAUGGCGCUGUUUGAGAACUACAAUGAAUCUUCCACUGUUUGAUUCAGCACACACAGAAAAGCACACAUGCUCUGCUGCACGUAUGGUGGACCCCCCCCCCCCCCCCCC